AAUGGAGUUUCCUUUUUAUUGUCUCUCUGAUGUACAAUGCUGGUGUAGUUGUAUGAAAUGACUAACAUUCAUUUACUUUCAGCACAGUUUUGCAUAAGUAACAGAAACUAAUGAAUUAUUAUACGAGUAAGGAAAUCUGAAUGUGCUCUGUGUCUACAAAUAUAUGAAGGUAAAUAAUUUAGAAAAAUGCAUGAAGAGAGGACGGUCACGAAGUUAAAUUACGAAAUGGAUGGAAUCAAAAGGGAACCACUUUCAGACAGCGAGAUUCAAAACAUUGAUACAAAAAAGGAGGAACCCAAUUCAUGUGGGUACUCGCGACCAAAUUGUGGUGAUCGAACCGUUGAUAUGAAACAGGAAGGACUGCCUGAACCAUUUGCAUUUGUUUCAAUAAAAGAAGAAGUGGAGGAAUGUAAUGAAACUGCAGUCAAACAAGAGCAGGAUGCUAAAGCAAUUGAACAUGUGAAAAGUGCCCAAGAAGCAGAUGACGUAAGUGGAAGUAGUUCUCAGCAUCCCAGCCAUAAGCUUCAUGUAUGCAAUGUUUGUCAAAAAACAUUUUUAAAGAAAGACAAGCUUACACGGCAUGGACGUUCACACACGGGAGAGAAGCCUUUCAGGUGUGAUAUAUGUGGUAGAUGUUUCUCUGAUAGUGGCGAUCUCUCAAAACAUCGACGAAUACAUACCGGUGACAAGCGAUUCUUGUGUGAAUUUUGCAGCAAGGGUUUUUAUCGACGUGGAGAUCUUGUUAUUCACAGUAGAUCUCAUACGGGUGAGAAGCCAUUCAAGUGCGAACUGUGUAGUAAAAAUUUUUGUAGAAGGGGAGAUCUCUCCAGUCAUCAUCGUACUCAUUCUGGAGAGAAACCAUUUAAAUGCGAAUACUGUGGAAAACAGUUCUCUCGAAGUGGACAUUUGGUACUGCACAUUCGGACACACACAGGCUAUAAACCUUAUAUUUGUGAAAUCUGUAGCAAAGAUUUUUGUUCUAAGGGAGAACUAGUCGUUCACCAGAGAACACAUACAGGAGAAAAGCCAUAUAAAUGUGAAAUAUGUUGCAAGUAUUUCUCUUAUUUUGGAGCUUUCUCGAAGCACCGACGAACUCACAUAUAAAGACAGGUACGUCCAAGUGCAGUGAUUAUCACUAAGUUGCUUGUUGGCAGCCAUUGCUGAAUUCAAAAUGAAUGAAUUAGUAUAAGGAGAAUUUUUUUUUCACAUCUUUUCCUGUCUUGUUUUUGUGUUUCUUGUGGCUGUACUGGAGACGAUGUUAGAAAGAGAUGACCAAGUAAAUAUACAGUUUAUUAAGAUGAAA